AUGUUGAGCGUCGCCAGAAGCGUUUCAAGGACUCUGUCGACAAGGAACGGCGCACGAAAUUUGUCUUCGUUGCUAACAAAGACUCACUGGAACGCCCUCCAAUCUGACACUCUCAGAGCCCUGUCCAGAAGAGACUAUGCGUCGGAAGCCAUCAAGGGUGCAGUCAUUGGAAUUGACCUGGGAACCACCAACUCCUGUGUUGCUGUCAUGGAGGGUAAACAAGCAAAGGUGUUGGAGAACUCUGAGGGAGCCAGGACAACUCCUUCAGUCGUCGCCUUCACAGCCGAGGGCGAGCGUCUGGUUGGCAUGCCCGCUAAACGCCAGGCGGUUACCAAUCCCCAGAAUACAUUGUAUGCCACAAAGCGACUCAUUGGACGUCGCUUUGAUGACGCCGAAGUCCAGAAAGACCUGAAGAACGUGUCAUACAAAAUUGUGCGUGCUUCUAAUGGUGAUGCUUGGUUGGAGGCUCAUGGAAAAAUGUAUUCUCCUAGCCAGGCUGGGGCCUUUGUCCUGAUGAAGAUGAAGGAGACAGCUGAGAACUACCUCGGAACUAAAGUGAAGAAUGCUGUGAUCACAGUACCAGCUUACUUCAAUGACUCUCAGAGACAGGCUACCAAAGAUGCGGGUCAGAUUGCUGGCUUGAACGUGCUGCGUGUGAUCAAUGAACCCACAGCGGCUGCCCUGGCCUACGGCUUGGACAAAACCCAGGACAAGAUUAUUGCCGUGUAUGAUCUUGGUGGCGGUACAUUUGAUAUUUCCAUCUUGGAGAUCCAGAAGGGAGUUUUUGAGGUGAAGUCCACCAACGGUGACACCAUCCUUGGCGGGGAGGACUUUGACCUGCCCCUUCUCAAACACAUUGUUAAGGAAUUUAAGAGAGAGUCUGGUGUGGAUCUGACCAAAGACACCAUGGCCCUCCAGAGAGUCCGAGAGGCGGCUGAAAAGGCCAAGUGUGAGCUGUCAUCCUCACUGCAGACUGACAUCAAUCUUCCCUACCUGACCAUGGACGCUUCUGGUCCCAAACAUCUUAAUAUGAAGGUGACUCGUGCUCAGUUUGAAGGCCUCGUAGCAGACUUGAUUCGUCGCACAGUAGCCCCCUGUCAGAAGGCCAUGCAAGAUGCAGAGGUGUCGAAAGGUGACAUAGGGGAGGUGCUUCUGGUUGGGGGAAUGUCCCGUAUGCCCAAGGUACAGCAGACUGUACAGGACUUGUUUGGACGUGCCCCCAGCAAGUCUGUCAACCCAGAUGAGGCUGUUGCCAUAGGAGCAGCCAUCCAGGGUGGCGUUCUUGCAGGAGAUGUCACAGAUGUGCUACUUUUAGAUGUGACACCGCUGUCGCUGGGAAUUGAGACUCUGGGUGGAGUUUUCACCAAACUAAUUAACAGGAAUACUACUAUUCCCACCAAGAAGGGUCAGGUUUUCUCCACAGCAGCAGAUGGACAGACUCAAGUAGAGAUCAAAGUGUGUCAGGGUGAGAGGGAAAUGGCAGCAGACAACAAGGUGCUGGGUCAGUUUACUUUAGUGGGCAUCCCCCCCGCCCCUCGAGGUGUUCCCCAAAUUGAGGUCACAUUUGACAUCGACGCUAACGGCAUUGUACACGUGUCGGCCAAGGACAAAGGGACAGGCCGGGAGCAGCAGAUUGUUAUCCAGUCAUCAGGAGGUCUCAGUAAAGAUGACAUAGAGAACAUGGUCAAGAAUGCUGAGAAGUAUGCAGAGGAGGACAGGAGGCGAAAGGAGCGUGUGGAGGCUGUAAAUAUGGCUGAAGGCAUUGUUCACGAUACAGAGUCAAAGAUGGAGGAAUUCAAAGACCAGCUUCCUGCUGACGAGUGUGCGAAGCUGAAGGAAGAGAUCACUAAGGUCCGAGAUCUUCUCACCAACAAGGACUCUGAAACGGGAGAGAACAUCAAGCAGGCGGCCAGCAACCUUCAGCAGGCUUCUCUCAAGCUCUUUGAAAUGGCCUACAAGAAGAUGGCAUCAGAGCGUGAAAGCAGCAGCAGCAGCAGCUCCAGUUCCAGCUCAGAGGGCGAGAAGAAAGAAGGCCAGCAGUAG